AUGGAUGUGAGUCGUCCCGAACUGUGCUUGCGCCUUGAGAUUACCGUUGACAUAAAAUUUGCGUUCGAUGCGACGAAUGAUAUGUUGGUGAUCGGUGAAAAUCGCAAGAAAAACUACGAUGUCGACAUUGAGCUGAAUGAACUGGACAUGGGAAUGAACAGAAGAACAUGGACAGGACUAUUGGACUUGGCUGGACUAUUAGGUGUUGAAGAAACGGACGACGAUAUUGCGAAAAAGCCUGAAGCUGAUCAAAAUCUUACAAUCAAACCGAAAAUCUGCCCAUUACGUGUUGGCUGCGCUGCACGAGUACGAUCCUGGCGUAUUGACAUGAACUAUCCGGCGAAUUCAACGCGGUUAGGAGCAAUUCGACUGGAAAACGCUAUGUUAAAUUCAACACUGAAAUUACAUGAAACUGUAGAGACGUUAUCGAUAGCGUUACUUGUUGACGGGCUACGGAUUGACGAUCGCACACCAUUCUUUUCGGAACUGUAUCCGGAAAGAUUAGUGUUAUGUCAUGGUGGUGCAAGCGUUUUACCUAGUCAUGCGGAGGUUACAAUUCUGAAGUAUUUGGGCGAAGACAGCACCAGAGAAUGUGAUCUUCGAGUUGGUAUAGUGGUACCGGAGACGAUGCAGUUGUACUAUGUUCAUACGCACAGAUUCUUCUGCGCUUUGACGGACUUUUGGUUGCAGUUCAAUGAACUUCAGGAUCAAGUAGCCAAGAGCAAGCGGAUCUACGUUGUCGAUGGAUUGCGUUCAAAAGUCGCCCUCGAUGUGGAUGUCAAAUGUCCAACGAGCAUUGUACUUCCACUGAACCAGUGCAGUGAUCAACUUCUUGUUCUGGAAUCAAAUGGACUUCGAUUACAUAACGCAUUCAAACCGAUGAGCCAUGUGGAUGAUGUGUUCCAGAAGAAUUGUGUUGAUAAGGACUAUGGAUACGACGCUUCUGUUGAUUGUUUGCUGGAUUGCCUGAAAGUAGUGCUGACUGAGUUACGAGCUUAUGAAGGGCGUCGUGUGGUGACACCUCCCAGAAAGGAUGACACGACUGUACGCAUAAUUGGUCGCGGAGCUUUUGAUUCGUUUGCGAUGGUUAGUUCGAUGGAAUCAGUGUUUAGUCGCCGCUUCGACCUAUUCGUUGAUGUUUUCCGAAAUCUGGACGGUAUCCGAUCGCAUAACGCACCUGAUUUGACAGUGCUGACUAGUAUAAGUAAAUUGACGUGGCGAAUGACAUCGGAUUUCUACGUUUUGUUUCGUGGUGUGCUUGAGAAAAAUUUUGGUGAUACCUUGAUCCCAAUUGCUGAGACAAUUCCGAUUGAAAUACUGCAAAAACCGACUACAGGAUGUGAAGUGGGUUCCGAUUCCAAAUAUGCCACGCUUUCGUUUCGUUUGCUUUUGGAUGAAGUGCAGCUAGAUUGUCAGGUCCCACUGCAAGACUUUGGCCCGUCGCCUAAUACUUUGUUUGGUCAACGUUUCACUCCUUUUGCUAUCAUGCAGCUUCAAAGUGCCCGUGUCAGCUUCGAUGUUUUUAUUGACGGUCAAAGCGAAUUGGAUUUGGUUUGUGAGAAAAGUCACCUACUGGACAACAGAAAAGUUCAACUUGGUAGCGGAACGAAGAAUUUGUUCACUACAAUCCUUCAACCUCGUGAAUCUACGGGAAAUAAUUUCCCUUUGAUGUCCGAAGCUCACAUAAUGAUGCGGAAAGAUGAAGUCCCGGUGGUCACACUUGUUCUGAUGCACUCGCGUGUCUUACUAUUGUACGACUGGCUGAAUGAUGCGAAGAGCUUCAUUAUGCUUAGCACGGACUUUGUUCCAAAAUAUCGAGACGAUCCCGUCCGUUACGUGGCAAACGGAGGAGUGCUGGCACGAAUGGGCAGCGCCCCACUGGAGCAACAACAAACUGUAGCACUGAAAAUUACUAUAAGGGAUUCGGAUCUCUAUUUCCUGGAAAACCCAAACCUGGACAACAGUUUUGCCGUGGUAGCGACCACUAACGCUGUCUUGAACCUGAAUGACACUGGCAACAUGAUUUCGGCUAAUUUGGAAAUACAGAAUAUGGCUGUCGCAUGGUGUUGUAUGAAAGAUGAGAAGCGAACGUUGAAUCAGUGCUCGAAUGAGUUCAGCAUAGCGGUAAGUAUGGCAAUGACUGACCCGGUUACACCAGCAACAGAAGCACCGCGAGGUUUGCCUUCGUUGGCUAUCAAGAGACAUUCUUUAGAGAUCGAUAUUAAUGGGAUGAUAGGCAGGCUCUCUUACAAAGAUAUGCGAGUUUUACGUGCAACAGCUGAUGGUUUCAUCAAAAACUUCUACGAGAAUUGCUCAAAGACGAUGGUUCCAACCAUAGGAACACCACCAUCACCAAAAAGCAUCGAAAUCGGACGAGUUUUGCUAAAGACUGCACGUGCAGAUCUUUGGCUACUGGACGAUUUUCAAGGCAGUUCAAUACCACUGCUGAGGGUGUCAUUGUCAAACCUAUCGAUCGAUCGGCAGUCGGAAGACCGUUUGGUGUCGAAUUUCGCUUUAUCGGCUGAUUACUUUAAUCAACGAGUAUUUGGGUGGGAGCCAAUGGUUGAGAAAUGGUCGGUGCUAAGAUUCCUCAUGGUGAGGAAGGACAACACACAAAAUGUGGAUUUGGUGGCUGAAUCAAGAAGUACGUUGGACAUCAAUAUCACCCAACAACUAAUGCAACAAGCGGUGCAGUUUGCUUCAAGAUGGCCAGCAAUUCGUGCGUCGUUCGAGCGCGACGAUUUCCGGAAUUCGUGUGCACGAUCGCGUUCGGACCACUUGCCAUAUCUCUUCAAAAAUGAGACCGGUUGUGAGGUUAUGUUCAGUACUGCUGUCGAAGACAUCCAAUUAGCUAGGAAUCAGCAACGAAGAGCAACAGUACGAUGGAUUACUGUCCCCAAGGACAAGGAGCAUACAUUUGAAUUUCCUGCGCGAUUGCUACUUUACUCGCAUUCCGAGCGUGAACCUCCACGUCAAGUAAUAGUGAAAGUGAACGGCUGGGAUGAGAUUUCACCUGUUCACGUGGAUGCCUGUGGAACAUACUUUAGGCUUGUUAAAGCAGUGAAGAAAGGUAUGCCAAUGGCAAGAGUAGUGAUCCGAGUGACGAUGGAAAAAGACGGGAAAAAGGUGGUGGCGGUGAGAUCAUCGAUCGACAUUCAUAAUCAGCUACCACAUCAGUUGGCGGUUUUUAGUGCUGAAGACGGAAAAGAACUAAUGCUCGUUGAGCCGUCACAAUCCAGGCCAGUUCCUCUACAGUUCGCUCAUUGCCAGUUUAUGGUGAGACCAGAGGGCUGUCAAGUCCACGAGAAGGCGGAAAUAAUCUGGAAAAAUGUGCGAGUAGCAGGCGAAACGCUCAAUAAGACAGAAUAUUUGGAAAGUUCUAAGAGUUACUAUAACUACUGGAUGUGCACAUCAGUUCGUCGCGAACACUAUCCUGACCACGAAGGUUUGCCUGGUCAUUCAAUUUAUGUGGUAGCACCACUUACAAUCCAGAAUCUCUUACCGAUUGAUGUUGAAAUCCAUAUUUUGGAUCAUGUGUUCCCCGUAGCGGCAGGAAAACUGCAUAUGAUAAGCAUAGUUGACAUAACGAAAACACUUGCGAUACGUGUAGUCACAGAUCGGCUACGGACCGUUCAAGAGUGCCACAUAUCAAAAUCCAGCAUAGGAGAGGGACAGCUUGUGUCGUUGAGGCUACAAGAUGCCAACAAACGUCCGUUGGAUAUGUAUGGUAACGUUCGACUUGGUGUUGGAGGCUCUAUCUCAUUGUCCUUGUGGGUCCCAUAUUGGAUAGUAAACAAGUCAGGUAUUCCUCUAAUUCUCAAGCAAGAAGCUGCUGAUAGCGAAGCAGCUGGCCAGAUGGCUGAGCAUGAGCAGGCUAAGGACCGGCAUCCGUUGAUGUUUAGCUUUGCUGACGAUGGUUGUCCGAAACAAUGCGUGGUACGAGUUGGACAUGGUCUUGCUAAGGAAGCAAACUACCGGCCACGUUACAGCCACAAGUUUGCCUUAACUCCUGGUGUACAAGCACUAAAACUUAGCGUUGUACAUGAAACACUACCAACUUUGUACUAUAACAUUGGUGUGGAGGUCCGUGCUGGAACGGGGAGAUACAAAGAUACUCAAGUAGUGCUGUUAACUUCUCGCUAUGUCAUAAGUAAUCAGUCAUCGUUCACGUUAUCCGUCUGCCAUCAUGAUCUCAUUGAUCGAGUAUCUGAGCACGUGCACAUUGCAUCACAAUGCAGUUUGGUAUGGAAUGAAAAUUACGAGGAUUGUCGACAGAUGUGUGUACGUAGAAGCGAUGUACGACAUUGGAGUUGUCCUUUUCGAAUAGAUCGGAUAGGAUCAUUCCAUAUUACAAUGAGAGAUGCCGAUGAAACGCCGAGAUUUGUUCGCGUUGAGAUAAUUCUGAACAGUGCCGUUUUUUGUGUAACAUUCACGGAUGCUGAUUACUAUCCGCCGCCUAUUCGAAUAGAAAAUCAAUCAGACGUACCUGUUUUAUAUCAACAACAAUCAGAGGGUCCCAUUGGCCAGCAUCUAAGAACUAUCUGUAAAGCAAGAAGUCACAUUGACUACGCUUGGGAUGAUUUGUACGGAAGUCGAAGAAUGGUGCUGCAGGUUUAUGAAAACAAGAGCCAUGUUUACGAUCCGUCGGUGAAAGGGAUUGGACCUCAACUUGUAUACGAGAAUCAUAUCUACAUACAACUAGCGGCUUCAUUUAACAAUGUUUCGAGCUCUAAAAGAACGGAAGAGAAUGAAUUAGUCCUCGAAACCCUUCAAAAAGGAAAGGUGAUCCUGAACAAGCAGAACAGGGUGGAUGCGAACAGCGGCAAUCAACUUUGGGUACUGUGUAAGGACGGGUGCAUAGAGAAUAUAGGAAUGUCGUAUAGAUCUAAGACAAGAAUGGUGCUGGAUGUCCUGGAACGAAUGGGAUUCCAACUGAUGAUGACGCCUCGGCAAUCCUCUCGUGAUCGAUUCCAGAAAUGGAAGUUCUCAUCGGAUGGUCGACUGUAUUGUCAAGGUCUUUCCAACAUGGCCGUUACCCAUCGAUCGCCGGAAAUUUUCAUGAUGAGAUGUGAAUCAAACCGUGGUGACGUAGUGGACCCUUCUUCUCAGGUCUGGCGCGUACAACGUCAACGGCCAGGUAGCGGAACGUUAGAGGUCGAAUGCUUGCAUAGUGGCCCAACUUUGGUAGUACGAAUAACUGACCGCGAGGAUCGUUUGAGAUGUACGUCAGUGCCGUCCAUAAUGAAGUCGAUAAAGCCAGCUGGCCUGGAAAUGAAUGUCACUAUGAGAGCUGGUCUUGGUAUAUCGUUAGUCAAUGGAUGUCAUGAGGAAUUGCUGUAUGCAAGAUUUGGAGGAAUCGUCCUAAGCGCAAAGCGACUGGAGGAAACUUAUCUAAUGACGGGAAGUGUGGAUGUGAUCCAGAUUGAUAACCAGCUACUGAAUUCGGACAAAUGGCAAGUGCUUCAUUGUCAACCAGAAACAAUUGGCGCAGAUGAAGAUGGUUAUGGGAGUUACGUCAAUGGGGAUCUACCACCUGGUGUCUCAGGAACGCCUCGACCUGCUUUAAAGUUGGAAAUGAACUGUACACCCAUGAAGCAUUACGACGCUUUCGACUGUUUCCGGAUAAAGUUGUGUGAUCUUGAUGUACAGUUAGACGAACUACUUCUUUGGAAACUCGUUCAAUUUGCUCAAGCUUCAGAUGCUGCUUCAAGUGUUCAGCAGAAAACGCUCAGUUUGCCGCCAAAUACUGACUUGGAAAGACCGGAUCCAUUCCGAACGAGAAGAUGGUACUUUGGGACAUUGGUUCUUGAGAUGGGUCAGAUCUCCUUAAGUGUGGUGACCGUUUCAAAAUCGAGCCUUCCACCGGAAUGUCGACAACUGAAGCAGCAGUUCAACAUAAAAUUAGUUUCAUUCGAGAACGCUACCGUCUCGCUGCCGCCAUUCCGUCAAUUCCAUUACUUUGAAACGAGUUCAUUCCUGCUGGAAAGUUUGCAGAAAUUCUACUUUGCUGAAUUACAAAAGCAAACAUUGAAUAUAGUAGUGACGUUGGACGCAUUCGGAAAUCCACAAGGAUUGGUGACAGAUUUGAAGGAUUCUUUCCAGGGUCUCUUUAUCGAAGGCGACUUGCAAAGAUUUGUUGCUGGCCUCGGAUAUGGCGUAUCGAACAGUAUUUCCAAGCUGGCCUCCUCUGCAGCGUCUGGAGUAGGAGCGUUGACGUUUGAUCAGGAGCAUGAAGCGAAACGCCGACAUAACAUGAUACGAUCACACAGCACUACAACGACACCGCUGUCCCAUCUGUAUUCUGGCGUGAAGGGACUUGGCGUUGGGGUCCUCGGUGGAAUGACCGCAAUUGUCACGAAUACUAUCGCGGAAAGUCGCAAAAGUGGAAUAAUGGCUGGUGCUAUUCGUGGAAUCACUACAGGAGCUGUGGAUACGGUAACAAAACCGGUGCAAGGAUUGUUUGAUCUAGUUGAAGGAACAGCGUCAGCAAUGAAAGAGUUAGCUGGACCUUCCACAGGUAGUGGACGAAGAUCAGCAGCUAGCGGUAGAGUGCGACCACCACGAUUGUGUAGAAAUCUUUACCAUCUACUCCCACCCUACAGUCUACAGUUGGCAAAUGCUCAAAUGGAAAUGAUGCGAAUAAAUGGUUACUCUACGAAGGAACGAUUACUCGAUGUGGAAGUGUGCCUUGAACAGUUCAAAGGCGAAGACUUGAUACGACAGUAUGUAUUGAUCUCUACUAGGCAGUGUUAUGUGUGCAGACAGGUGAAUGCAGAACCAUCCAGCGUGAUUUUCCGGAUCCCCUACAAAUAUCUUAGGAGCGUUCAGCCUCGCCCAGAACUCGAAAACUCACUUGCUAGUCUAGAAGUGAUCCUGGAUACCGAUGAUAAGAGAACUCAUCCAUCACAUAUAUGGUGUGGUAGAUUCGAGGUGGCAAGACGGUUGGCGGAGAAAACGAUGCGAGCAAAGCAUGAAUACGAUCACAGUAAACGCACCCUCACCGCUCAGGAGUACGAGACUGGCUGA